GGCUGGAAAAGUUUGAGGGCUGGUACCUGCACAGCCGGGACUACAAGAGCCCGCAGUCCUUUUCAGGGAAGCGGGUGGUCGUGAUCGGCACCGGGAACUCAGGCAUCGACAUCGCAGUGGAGCUGAGCCACACAGCCAAACAGGUCUUCCUCAGCACCAAGCGUGGGACCUGGGUGCUGCACCGGGUGGCAGAUGGUGGCUUCCCUUCCGACUUCUCCUACAUCAGCCGCUUCAUACAGCUCCUCCGCAGCCUGCUGCCCCACAACGCCAGCAGCUUUCUUGUGGAGAGGAAGCUGAAC